AUGGAAAUCAGUCCAUCCAAAAACACGGAAGAUUCGAAUCCGGUAGUAGGAGUUUCGGGGGAAGCAACUAUGACUCUCGGCACAAUCAACCUCUCGGUUAAAGUCGACAGCAUGACGAAAAUCGUGGAGUUCUUGCUCAUCGAUCAACCUGCAUCGUAUAACGCGAUCGUAGGAACUCCAUGGCGGAAUUCAAUGCAAGCAGUCAUGUCAACAUACCACAUGUGUCUCAAGUUCCCAACCCCUCGCGGAAUUGAGACCAUCUGGGGAGAUCGGAGAAUCUCGCGAGUUUGCUUCGCUGCGGAAUUAAAACGAAAAAAUCCUUCGGCGGAGGUUCCGCCUAAAAAUAAAAAGAAAUUGUCUGCCAUUGACAACACCCUAGAAAAAGACAAAACAGAGAUCUUUUGGCAGUCACGGGUAGCCAAAGCUUUGGAGGGAAAACGCGAUUCGACCUGCGAGCCUGUUUUCUCGGUAUGCUUAGACGAAGCAUUCCCAGAUCGCUGCGUCGAAAUUAGCGUGAACCUGAGCGAGUCUCUGAAUGUCGAGCUCAUAUCUUGUCUGAAAAAGAACUUGAACACGUUUGCAUGGGCCGCAAAGGGCAUGCCAGGGAUUGAUAUCAGCAUCACAUGUGACGAGCUCAAUGUCGAUCCAACUUUCAGACCUAUCAAACAAAAGAGACGAAAGUUGGGACCAGAGCGUGUUGGCGCACUCAACGACGAGGUCGAGAAACUCCUCAAAGUCGGAUCCAUAACGGAAGUUAGGUAUCCUGACUGGCUCGCUAACCCAGUCUUUGUGAAAAAGAAAAACGGAAAGUGGCUAUUGUGCGUCGAUUUCACCGACCUCAAUAAACUCUUGUCCUUCAAAGGAUAG